AAUCUUGAGCGACCUCUAGUGUGUAACAACAUAAAUAAAAGCCAACCUGCACUUUGUUGUGGACUUUUAUUUUGAAACGUAAUUUUAGCUGGCGCGAAACUUGUGUGUCUGUGGAAGAUCAUGACCAACUACAGAAGUCUGUCUGACAAUUGAGACGUUCAUUAAAACACGAGUGAUUUGUGUGAAUUCUGAAUCCUGAUUCGGAUACAAGAUGGUUCAAAUAGUCAUCUCAAAUGGUGCUGGUGAGGUUCCCGCUGAAUGGCUUCUGGUGGAACUGCAGGGUGAAAUGGUGUCAAGGCACAACGCUGGACUAGCGGGACACCUGAUGGGCGACCUUCACUACACUAAAGAGGGUGUUCCAAUCCUAAUAGUUGGACAUCACAUUCUCUACGGCAAGCAAGUUAAACUCGAGAAGCCCUUUGCUGUUCUGAUGAAGCAUUCUGGUGCCUCUCAAGAUGCUGAGGAAAGCAUGGAAACCAACCAAGACAGACCAACUUCUUACACAGUCUCAGCCCUCAUCAAAAAGAAACUUAUCUUUAAAACCCGGCCCAAGCCCAUCAUCACUAAUGUGCCAAAGAAAGUGUAGACAACGGCCAGAAAAUACAGACAAAUCAACCACAGAGACACUUUGCUGUAUUUUUUUGAUAGCUCUUUUGCUGCAUAUUUAUAUGCAGUGAAGUCUGAUUAUAUAAAAAUAUGCUUAUAUUACUAUGGAUGAAUAC